AUCUAAGUUUAACACAGCAGGGCGAGCGAGAGGCAGAGAGAGAGAGACCCAGAGGUCGACACCAGUGGGAAUAGGGGACUGUCUAGGUGGAGGACUUGCUUUUCAUGUGCUCUGUUAGACUAGACUGUCUUUAGUUUACUGGCUCGAAAACCACCAUAUUUAUAUAUCUAUUUAUUGUUCUCCUGCAUUCUGUUGGUUUUGUUUCUUUUUGUACCUUUUCACCAAUUCUCUUGAUACUUGAGUCCUUUUUUUCUAUCCACUGAGGGUUUUUUGAAAUCGAGCAGCCAUGAAUAUCGCGUCGUGCGCCAGGUGUGGGUUCACUGUUUACCCUGCCGAGAAAAUCAACUGCAUGAAUCAGAACUGGCACAAAGCAUGCUUUCACUGCGAGGUCUGUAAGAUGGUCUUAACUCCCAAGAACUUUGUGAGCCAUCAGAAGAGGCCUUUCUGCCAAGUGCACAACCCCAAGAACAACACUUUCACCAGCGUAUACGAGACCCCGAUCAACAUGAAUGCUAAGAAGCAGGCCGAUGCCGUGAGCGAGCUCAAGUAUCGGGAGGAAGGGGAGCGCUUCAAGUCCACGUUCCACUAUGACAUGGGCUCCAGGGAGCUGGAGAUGGCACGUAAAGCCAGCCAGAUGAACAGUCAGGUGGCCUACACAGCGCAGUAUGCGGAGCAGCAGAGCUAUUACUCCUCCCAGACCGUGUCCCAUCAGGAGAUGGUGCGAGUGGCCCAGGCUCAGCAGAACAUCAGCAACAUUCAGUAUAAGAAGGGGCACGAGGAGACCAUGACUCAGUUCACCUCCAUCACCGACUCCCCUGAGAUGAUCCACGCCAAGGCUGGUGCCACCCUGGCCAGCGAUGUGAAGUACACGGAGGAGUAUGAACAGUCCAAAGGCAAGGGCAGCUUCCCCGCCAUGAUCACCCCGGGAUAUGAACAGGCCAGGAAGGCAGCCACGCUGGCCAGCAACGUGGAGUAUAAGAAGGGCCAUGACAUGUCGAAGUAUACAGCCGUGGCUGACACCCCAGAAGUCCUCUUGGCCAAAGCCCAGAGCCAGAUCACCAGCGACUAUGCCUAUACUGAGGGCUAUGAGCAGCAGAGAGGGAAAGGCAGUUUCCCCGCCCAUUUCACGCCUGGAUACCAGGUGGCCAAGAAGGCAUCAGAGAUGGCCAGCAAGGUGAAGUACCAGCAGAAGUAUGAGCAGGAGAUGAGGGGGAAGGCCUGUACCGAGGUGGGCGUCGCCGAGAUGACUCAGGCCCGCGAGAACGCAGCACACUGCAGCCAGCUGGCCUACACAGAGGAGUAUGAGCAGCAGCGAGGGAAGGGCAGUUUCCCGGCCAUGAUCACCCCAGCAUACAUGCAGGCCAAGAAAGCCAACGAACUGGCCAGCAAUUUGAAGUACAGGAAGGACAGAAACAAGAUGGCUGCCUCUCAAUACCACACGCUGAACCCUGAGGACAACCUGGCCAUGAAAAACGCUCGCAAGAUAAACAAGAUCGUCAGUGAGGUUGAGUACAAGAAGGACCUUGAGACCACCAGAGGCCACAGCAUCAACUACUGUGAGACGCCACAGUUCAAGACUGCCAGCAAGAGUGCCCAGCUCGCCAGCGAUAACAAAUACAAGGAGAAGUACACCAACCACAUGAAGGGGCACUAUGAAGGCUCUGGCAUGGACAAGAACACCAUGCACGCCAUGAAAGUCAGGAAGCUGGCUAGCGACAUUGCAUACAAGUCAGACAGUCAAACAGAGCAGGCGGAGUACAACUAUCCUGCCACCAUCACCCCCGGAUACCAGACCACCAGGAAACUAGACCCACUGAAGGACAAGAACUACCGGCAGCACGUUGACAAGCUGAAGUACCAUGCCUACGCCGAGACCCCUGACAUCGCACAGGCCAAGAUCAACGCGCAGCAGCUCAGCAAUCUGAACUACAAAGCUGACUAUGAAAAAACCAAGAACCAGUAUACGCUUGCCGGAGACUUGCCGGAGCUCAAGAAAGCCAAAGCCAACGCAGAACUCAUCAGUGGUAUCAAGUACAAGGAGGAGUGGGAGAAGACCAAGUCCAAGGCGUGUGACAUCGGCAUGGACACCCUGACUAUCAAAGCUGCCAAGGCGUCCGGAGACCUCGCUAGCGAUAUCAAGUACAAGGAGGAAUUCAAUAAGACGAAGGAGAAGUCAGUGGGGUUGAACGUCAGUGACUCCAAGACCCUGCACUCCCUUCAGGUGGCCAAGCUGAGCAGUCAGAUCGCCUACAAGAAGGACUCCAAGGAGAUGCAGACACAGUGCCACCUGCCCAAGGACUUAAUGAACCUGAGCCACGCCAAGAAGGCCCAGGCCCUGGCCUCAGACCUGGAGUACCGCAAGAAGCUGCACGAGUACACCGUACUGCCGGACGACAUGAAGGUCCAGCAGGCCAAGAAGGCCUACAGCUUGCAGAGCGAGAAUGUAUAUCGCUCCGACCUGAACUGGAUGAAGGGAGUGGGCUGGGACGCGGAGGGCUGCGUGGACAUCUCCCAGGCCAAGAAGGCAGGAGAAAUGCUCAGCGACAACAAGUAUCGUCAGAAGGUGGACAAGGUGAAGUUCACACAGGUGGCAGACACUCCCCAGAUCAAACACGCCAAGAAGAGCCAGGAGCUACAGAGCGAUCUGUCGUACAAAGCGGAUUCAGAGCAGAUCAUCCACCAGUACACCAUGAACCAGGACGAGCCGCUGUUCAGACAGGCCAAGGCCAACGCAGAGCUCAUUAGCGACAAAUCGUACAAGAGCAGCUGGGAGCAGGAGAGGGAGAAGGGCUUCGAGCUCCGUAUGGAUGCCCUGUCCAUCCUCACAGCCAAGGCCAAGAGAGACCUGGCUAGCAAUAUCAAGUACAAGCAGGACUACGAGCAGACGAAGGGCAAGAUGAUUGGCGUGAAGACGGUGGCGGACGACUCCCAGCUGGCCCACUCCUUCAAGGCCUCCAAGCUGCAGAGUGGCCUGACCUACAAGAAGGAGUACGAGGACACCAAGAACAAGCACAACGCCUCCCUGGACAUGAUGAUGCUCUCCCAUGCCAAGAAGGCCCAGGACAUGGCCACUGACAUCAACUACAGGACGUAUCUGCACGAGUACACCACCAUGCCCACCGACAUGAAGGUGCAGUGGGCCAAGAACGCCUACAACCUGCAGAGUGACAAAACCUAUCGCUCUGACCUGAACUGGAUGAAGGGAGUGGGCUGGAUGGCCGGGGAAUCCCUGGACGCGCGGCAGGCCAAGAAGGCUGGAGACCUCAUCAGCGAGAAAAAGUACCGUCAGCAUGUGUCAGAUUUGAAGUUCACGAGUGUGGAGGACACACUGGAGAUGGUGCAGGCCAAACGCAGUAACAAGCUGGCCCUGGAUCGUCUGUACAGGGAGAAGGGCGAGAGUGAGAAGCACAACUACACCCUCACUGGUGACCUGCCCGAGCACGUCCAGGCCAAGCAGAACGCCAUGAACAUCAGCGAUACGCGUUACAAGCAGUCUUGGACCAAGAUCAGGGAUGCAGGAUACCAGCUUCGUCUGGAUGCCAUUCCAUUCCAGGCCGCCAAAGCUUCCAACGAGAUCCUCAGCGAUCAAAAGUACAGGGAGCAGUUUGAGAAGACUAAGGGCAAGAUGAUUGGCCUGAAGGGUCUGCAAGAUGACAUCAACAUCGCUCACUCUGUCAACGCCAGCAAAUUGCAGAGCGAUAUCAGCUAUAAGAAGGACUCGACCAAGGGGCACUCGCAGUUCCACCUGCCCAUGGACAUGCUGGAGGUGUCGCAUGCCAAGAAGGCCCAGGCCCUGGCCAGCGAGCAGGACUACCGCCGUGUGCUGCACGAGUACACGUCGCUACCCGACGACAUGAAGGUGCUGCACGCCAGGAGAGCAUACGACCUGCACAGUGAUAAAAUGUACCGCUCUGACCUGAACUACCUGCGGGGCGCUGGCUGGAUCGCUCAAGGAUCUCUACAGAUCGAAGGAUCCAGGAAAGCCACAGACCUCAUCAGUGACAAAAAGUACAGGCAACUGCCCUACUCCCUCAAACACACAUCUGUGGUCGACUCUCCAGACAUCGUCCACGCCAAGCUCAGCAACAAGCUCACCAACGAGCGUUUGUACAAAGAGGCCGGUGAGAACAUGAGACACAACUACACCAUCACCUCCGAGAGGCCUGAGAUCACCCAAGCCAAGAUCAACGCAUCCAACUACAGCGACGUCAAGUAUAAGGAGUCGUGGCACACGCUGAGAGCUCAGGGCUAUAAACUCACCAUGAAGGACAUACCUUUCCAGUCAGCCAAGGCAUCCACAGAUCUCGCCAGUGAUGUCUCGUAUAAACACUCCCAUGUCCUGGAGAAGGGCAAGCACAUUGGCGUGCGUAGCGUCCAGGACGACCCCCUGCUCGCCCACUGUGCCCAGAUGGGUCGUCUCCAUAGCGACCAGCAGUACAGGCGCGACGCGCUGACGGAGAGCGGGAAGUACCACCUGCCCCUCGACCUGGUGAACCUGGUCACCGCCAAGAAGGCCCAGGCUCUGGCCUCCGACCAGGACUACAAGACCCGCCUGCACGAGUACACCGUGCUGCCCGACGACAUGAAGGUCCAAUGGGCCAAGAAGGCCUACGACCUGCAGAGCGAGAAAGUGUACAAGUCAGACCUGAACUACAUGAGGGGUGUUGCUACUGACCUGGCCGGUGCACCUCAGCUCGAGUACGCAAAGAAAGCAGGAGAGCUGAUCAGCGACAUUAAGUAUCGCCAGAACCCUGACAGCAUCAAGUUCACCUCUGUGGCCGACUCACCUGACAUCCUUCAUGCCAAGAACAGUUACAUGCAGUGCAGUGAGAGACUGUAUAAAUCUGGGGACAUGGAUGCCCUUCACAAGUACACUCUGCAUGCAGACGACCCCGACUUUGUUAGAGCGAGGAUGAAUGCCCUGCAGAUCAGCGAUAAAGCGUAUAAGGAGUCCGGCGAGCAGGUGAAGUCAGCCGGGUAUGACCUGAGACUGGACGCCAUCCCCUUCCAGACCGCCAAGGCAUCCAGGGACAUCGCCAGCGAUUUCCGCUACAAGGAGGCGUUUGUGAAAGACAAGGGUCACCAGGUGGGGCUACUGAGUGUCCAAGACGACCCUAAAAUGGUGCACUCCCUCGCCGUGGGCAAACUGCAGAGCAACACAGAGUACAAGAAGCAGUUCCACGAGAACAGGGCCAACUUCAAGAUGCACGCAGACCAGCCAGAGUUCCUACAGGCCAAGAAGAGCCAGGCUCAGGCCAGCGACCUCAGCUAUCGCCAGCGCCUCCACGACUACACCUGUGACCCCGAGCAACUCAACGUCAAGCACGCCAAGAAGGCCUACAACCUGCAGAGCGAUGUGAACUACAGGUCGGACCUGAACUGGACCAGGGGUGUGGGCUGGACCCCUCCCGGUUCCCACAAGGCUGAGAUGGCGCGCCGGGCCGCAGAGCUGGGGCUGAUGACAGAGGGAGUGGGCACAGACGAGGCCAUCGCCAGGUACCAGGAGAUACUGAUGUACCAGCGUCACAUGAUGAUGAUGGAGCAGCAGCAGCAGAUGGAGCAGCAGCAGCUGAUGGAUUUGACCAAUCAGGGGGAGGCUGGGAACGAGUUCCUCCAAUCGGAUAUCAACCCUGACGCCAUGGAGGUGCUGCACGUCAAGAGGAAGAAGCUGCAGACCAUCCAGACCAACUUCAGGAAGGCCACCCCCACCAGGGGCAUCACCCAAGCAGCCGAGACCCAAGCCAUCACCCAGGCCCAGUCAGAGUCCCAGUCCCAGGCUAUUACCCAGUCCCAGUCCCAGUCAGAGUCCCAGUCCAUCACCCAGGCCCAGUCCCAGUCCCAGGCUAUCACACAGGCCCAGGCUGAGGCCCUCGCACAGGCCCAAACACAGGCUGUCACCCACGCCCAGUCUGAAGAGUCUGAGGCCCUCGCACAAUCCACCUCCGCGUCCCAGCUAGCUCAGUCUCUGGCCAUUGCUGAGUCAUCUUCCAAGUCCCACAUGGCCAAGUCCUCCUCUUCCUCCUCCCACUCCACUAAGUCCCAGUCGGUCAUGCAGUCCUCCUCCUCCUCCUCGUCUCAGUCUCAAGUCAUCAAGUCUCAGACCGUUGUCAAGAGCCAGUCUGUCACCAAGUCCUCAAAGUCGGUCAGCCAGUCUGUCACCCAGUCCUCCUCCAGCUCCGCCUCGGCCUCUUCAUCCUCCCAGGCCGCUAUCACCUCCAGGCAGUCGGCCACCCUUGACAUGGCGGCCUCCUUGGCCUCGAGUGAAUCGGCCUCCGCGCUCACCGAUGCCGCGGCCGCCACCUCUAGUCAGUCCGCUUCAGGCACCACCAUUGACAUGGCAGCCCUGGCUGCCGCCAUGCUCAUGGAGCAGGUUGACUAAUGUUGUGUGUGCGGUAGUUGUCUGGUGUUGUUUUGUUUUAAUUAAUAAUGAACUUUUUUCUUCUCUUCAUUUUUUAAAAAUUAGUUUAAACAAAAAAAGUCCUUGCCUUGUCAUAUCAAGCCUCUCAUAGGUCAUUUCAGCGAAAGCUGAAGGAGGUAUAAUGAUUGAAAUGAAGUAUGAGAGGGAUGACUUACAAGGCUAUAGUCAGAAGACGACUGUACUGUAGCAGAGCCUGGUGCUUCUAUUCAUAGACAUAAUAUGCAUGGGUGGUCUCCCAUUGGCUGCCUAAACACGUCCAUUGGCCCUCUGGUUUUGUGAGUAAAGUUACCAUGACAUCAGUGAUGUCAUACACUGUUGUAGGGGUUCCAAUAUGGCUGCCAAACAUGGCCUCCAAAUACGGCCGUCAGUAAUAAUACGGUAUCGAUAUUGUUCCAGAAUAAGCAGCAGCCAAGUGGCAUCUACUGUAUGUGAGAUGAGCAGUUGAGGGCUGUAGGUUAGGAGAAGACGCUAUACUGAAGGGUUUGAUGCAUGUGGGGAAUAAAAAGAGUGAAAGAGGAAUAGAAAGAUGAGAAAGAGAAGAAAGGGAAAUAUCUGCUAAGAACAAUGAAUGAAACUAUGUGUUGGCUUUGAGAGGGGUAGCAGAAAGUGGAUCUGUGUUUCUGUGCAUGUGUAGCCUAAAGUUGGAUUUGCCGAUAGUGUGUGUAUAACUACUGAGCAAGAAAAAAAAUGAGGAGAGUUUAUUUCCGUUGGAGCCAACAGACAGAAUGUCAGUUUUUAUUAUUAUUUGGAGCCAUUACGGAAAUGCAUUAGUUUUACAAAGAGCAAGCUUUGAGUAAGACAAUAAUGCCACACAGCCUUAUGCACAUGUGUUUGGGUCUAACACUUGUGGAAGUUCAAUUAAACGUUUUUUUUAAAUGGUUGGCCUAGUGUUUUAAAAGAGAAAGUAUAUGUGAUUUUUACAUGGAUGACUGACAGGUUCAGUGUAUUGACAUAUAAAGAUAGCCAUAGGCCUGUGGUGACACAUGAGUAAAGUGAAGAACAUGCUUGGUUUUAUGAUACACAAAGCAAAAUAAAUGUUUUUCAAAAGCAA